GUCAUCGUUGAUUGCAAGUGUUACUUUGAUCCUGAAAUUAACAUCAGCAAAGAAACGGUCAAGGAGACGUUUCAACGGGAGACGCGAAACGGGACCUCCCAGUGGCUGGGCCAGAGGUUUCAAUUUAAAAGCAUGACUGUGAGAGCUCUGGAUCCAGCCAUUGCAGCCGUCACGGACACCCCGCUGCUCGAGCUGAAUCUGAAGGACUUUGUGGUUAAUUUCACCAUCACCAACCUGCCGUUCCACGGGCCAAUGGAAAACCCGGAUUCGGAGGUCCACCGGAACGCCAAGACAAGUAUUGAAGGAGAGCUUACACGGCUUUAUGAACAGAGCACUUUAAAGACCGAAUUCAUAGGGUGCUCAGUGGAACACCUCAGUGCAACUGACUGGAAAGAUCAAACCGGCGUCGGUGCUGUCUGUGCAUUUGAAGCCAAUUCUGGUCCGAGGCAUUUGGACGAAAGGGUUGUGUACGACAUUUUUAACAACCUGACCAACAACUGCUCCAUGUUGGGGAAAUACACAUUGGAUCACAGGAGCCUGGUUGUGAACGGUUAUCCCUCAUCAGUGGCCCUGAUGACCGAGGAAACAGGGCUUCCUUUCUGGGCCAUCAUCCUCAUCUGUCUCUCUGUCCUGCUGGGAUUCAUACUCCUCUUCGUUAUCUGCUGCUUGACAAACUUUUGUAAGAAAAGGAGAGCCAGCAAAUAUACAGACCAGCAGGGCAUCUGGAAUACCUACUUCCCACACCUGGAUAUGUGGAACAAUGGGGGGAUAUGAAUGUCAGAAGGCUUGGCAUCAGGAACACUCCCUUAUUGGCACAGAACGAACCCACCGUCACGUCCAUCAUCCCACAAAAUAGGAACUACGUUUGCAGCGGGACCAGGAAAGACAAUCGCACCCGCCUGAAUCAAGAUUCAGCUGGGCUUCGGUGCAAAGAAAGAAAUGGGGAAAACAUCUAGGUGGAUUUUGGCUUAAAUGGGACAUGCCUCAAUGAUAUGCCCUCGGUCAAGAGCCAACGGAGAGAAUUGGGAGGAUGGGGUCACGCUGCCGUAUUUAUUUUCCUUUUUAUUGUCAAUGAAUGCACUGUGGAAUUUGGACAGUCUUGUCAGAGGCUGGACAAAGCCACCAAUCUUUUUUUUUUUAAUCAGGGGUGGGGAAUCAUUUCAUCAGAAUGUAAAAAAGAUGCCGCCCAGGUAAAAUAAUUCAACCGCUGUUUUCUGCUUGGAAAAGUGGGUGCUUCCAUUCGCCUCUAUGGGGAGGGAAAAAGAGAUUAGGAAGGGAAGCCGGUGGCCUGGGUCUUCCUCCCCCUUCCCUGUAGGGGAAAGAAGAAGGAAGAGUGAGGUUUUAUCAAAGAUGACAUCCUUUAAUUUAUAUCCCUGCCUUGAGCAGGGGGGUUGGACUUGAUGGCCUUAAGAGGCCCAUUC